AUGGCGGCUUCAGACGCAGCCUACCAGCGCCGGAACCGCGUUCUCGCUGAGUCUAGCAGGCGCCUGAGUUCCCUGAGCAAGCCCGAGUACGACGACGACGAGGAGACCCAGCCCCCCUCGUCGUUUCUGAAGGAAGUUAUACUGUCGUCGCCGAGAGCUGAUGUGAGCGCUACCGCAAAGGUCGUCGAGCCUAUAGUUAAGCCGCUUGACCUUGCCAGCACCCGCUGCAUUGCAGUGUGCAACUUGCUGAGCUACGUGCUGAGUUUCUCCUUGGGAUGCUACGUGUGCCACGUGCUCCACUCCGAGAGGGUGGACUCUUACUGCCCUGCAUUCGUCAGAGGAUUCUUUUCGCUUAUAGACAUGUUAGGCGCCGCCCGCAUGAUCCACAUGGCUAUCUCUGCGUGGCUCCACGCGCCCGAGAGGAUGAAGCACACCACUGUGAAGGUGCUGACAUACGGUUCAGUGAUCUUGAACAUUUACCCGAUCUGGGCGUCAAUGCGCAAGGGAGGCUCCGCCGGCCAGACCGAGGACAGCAACUCGAAAGAUGAGGCUGACUCUUCUGAUGAAGAUUCCGAUGGCUCAGAUGACGGAAGCGGUGGAAAUUUUUUCGCUGACUUUGAUGAGGAGAACCUGGCCAAGAUCGCCAUGUUCGUGAUCCGCUCCGGUGCGGCAUGUCUUGUGUUCGGCUUAUUGGGAUACGACAUCCUCUACAAUAUGCCCUUGAUUCUUCAGUUCAUUCACUGA